GCUUCAAUAUUGAAAGCAACAAAGUCCUCUUUUAUUAGUUUCAUCUCAUCCUUUUUCUUUUUUACAAAAGCAGGUACGGUGUUGACGAGCAUGGAGAACGUAUUCGGAACGGCUAUCACGAAUGAAUACCUGAAGAAUCAUCCAGAUUAUGAAGGCAGGACUAAAGAUUUCAGUGUGAAGGAGCUAGCUCAAUAUGCGCUUGACAUGAUGAAUGAAAAUCUCGAAAAUGAUAAUGCGAGGGAGUAUCUGAAGAAGCUUCAUGAAAAGUAUGGUUCUGAAGGGGUAGAUUGUAUGAUUUACAAUGCCACUGGUGCUCCAAUGAAAUCAAUUGAUUACAAAAUCUGGGAAGGAGGUGUCAUAUCUAUACCCCUAGAAACCAUCGAAAAUGGUCAAUGGGGUGUGUUCUUGCAUUCAAAAGCUACAGCCAAGGGUGCAUUAGUAUUGGAUGCCCGUUAUGAAAGUGGUGAAAAAGCCGAAUGGCUACUCGGAUGGCGAAUUACAAACGAUUCAAAUUCGUGUUUUGCGGAUUUUAGUGAGUCACUUACAUUUUCAAAAGCAAAAUCUUUUGAAGAGAAAGAAAAGGUUUGGAACCAAAUAGAAGAAGGUCUUACAAAAAACCUUGUAUUAUUUAACAAGGUGAGCAAGGGUAAGACGGGUUAUCUUGUCACUCGCGGUGGUAUAGGCGGCACAAAAAGGCCGGUGUUGGAUGUAAUGCUGUCUAUCAUCUCACAGGACAUUUGAAUUCAUCAAUUACCUGUAGGCUGUUACAUUGCAUACAAACGCAAUGAAAAAUGUGAUUGUGGAACUCAACUGUACCGUGAAUGCAAAAAUGCAAAUUCGCUUUCCUUUUUAUUUCGUUGUAUUCAAUAAAAGUUCUUAUUUGUUUGGUUUACCCCUUCAUGUUAAGUUGAUCAAUCUUAAUGAUGCAUGUAUCAAUAUAAGGAAUUAUGUCUUGUAUCAAAGUAUUUUCAUGAAUAUUAUGAAACAAUUGAAACAUAAGUUUUUUUUUAAGA